UUUGCCCCCUCCGCCGCGGGCGGCGCCACUCGGCUCCUUUCCUCUUUUCGCCUCUAGGCCAUUCUCGAGGGGCGCGCGCGCCAACGCGGGUAUCCCGACCGUGUCUCCCCGACCCGAUAGUGCGCGCGCGCGCGAGCGCGCCAAACAGGCUUUCCCGGGACUUUUCCGAAAGGCCCCAGGGCCCACGUGGCGGACCGCGCGCGCGCCACCACGUGACCGAGGGACCGUCCAAGUGCCGGGACCAGUGAUCGCCCCCGAGGAGACGCCUCGGGAAUGCGGAACCGCGGGUCUCCUGCCGAUCGCGACCACCGGUAGGACCCCCAGGAUCCGGCGACGCCUCUGCACCUCUUCCGGCUCGAUUCCCGCACCCGAAUGCCGACGAUGGACGCUCCUGGAAGAGCGACCCGGACCGUCGCCGACGUCCGGUGGACGGGCGCCGACUUCCCCCGGGAAAUCCGACAGGAUCGUCGCUGAGAACCGACGCUGGGCGACUGGCCUGCCCACGUGACCGCAGGAGACAGGUUCGCGCAGGACUCGGCCACCGCGCGGCGACGGAACGCGGCCGAGAGGCAGGUGCGGGAUGACGAGGAUCGCGAGGAGGAGGAAGGAGGAAGGAGCGGACCCGGCGCCCUCUGACGUCGAAGCGGGGAAUGCCUCGUGGCGGUCACCAAACGCAUAGACCGAGCACGCUCUGGGGACGGAUGGACCCUCCCUCGUUUCCAAGGAACCUGGAGCGCGUCCUUUGGGAAAACGCCUCUCGAAAUUCGAUGCCGAGUGGCCCUUGAACGGGCUCCUCUCGUAGCCGCGGAUUUUUUCAAGGACGCAUAAGGAGAUUCGAUCUUCGCGCUUUGUUUACAUGGGCCGGAUCUUUGCGGGAGGAUUUCGAAGGUUCCGGCGAUAGGAACGACUCAGUCGGGACGAUAAGGUAGACGGCAUCGGAUCGAAGAGUCCAGACCAGCGAUGUCGAUCCUCGAGAGUGCCAAAACGGACAGGACCAGGAUGUCGCCUUUGAACGAGGUCGCCUCGCCGACCAGCGUUGCUUCCGAGCUCAUGGUCUCGGAAAUGUUGGACGAGCACGAGGCCGCUCUUGCCGACCCCAGGGACGCCUCCAAAAGGAAGCGCGACACCGACGGCGACGAACUCAGCCCCAGGAAGCUCCCUUCCCUCGCCGGAAAUAAUAACGACGUGGGUUUCGUCCUCGAGGAAAACGGCGACGACGGACUCCAAGACGAUCCCGACGACGACCGUUUGACGGGUCAUGGGGGCAUCUCCUCGCUGGGGGGCGGAAACUCGUCGCCGUACUCGGGGGCCCAUCACCACGGGCACCGGGGUAACGGCAACGGGGGCAGCAUGCCCCAUCACGGGGGUGCGUCCCUCCCGACGCCCCCUGACUUCCAGCCCCCGUACUUUCCGCCCCCGUUCCCCUCGCACCACCAUGCCCCGGCGAGUCCGCAGCACCCUGGCCUGGGGCAACCUCAGCACCUCGACUACCUCGUCGGCGACCCCUACGCCCAGACCCUCAACACCCUGCACCAGCACCACUACAACCAGCUGAGCGCCGCCGUCACCGCCGGACAGAGGAGCGGCGACCUCAGGAGAGACCCCGAGAGCCUCCACGUGACAAACAUGCACGCCUCGUUUCCGUACGACGGCGGACGCAACAGCGGCGGCGGCGGAGGGGGCGGGGGAGGAGGCGGAAGAGGCGUCGAAUAUGGCGCCUUGAGGCGCCCCGACGCCCUCCUACCUACCCCUGGGCUCGACCAAACCGACCUCGGCCUGCACACGAGUCUCGUUGACGACCCUCAGGUGAGCGACGAUAACACGAACGUGGACGACGGAGGAUUCAUGAACGACCUGCCUCUUCUGAAAAACAUGAAGCCAUCGGAAAGGGGAGAGAAGACCAUGCUGUCGGGAAACGCGCAGCCAACGGACUUGUUCUGUUCGGUUCCCGGGAGGUUAUCUCUGUUAUCGAGCACCAGCAAGUACAAAGUUACGGUGGCCGAGGUCCAACGACGGUUGUCGCCGCCGGAAUGUCUAAACGCCAGCCUCCUUGGUGGAGUUUUGAGAAGAGCGAAGUCCAAAAAUGGCGGCCGCCUCUUGAGGGAAAAGCUGGAGAAGAUCGGUUUGAAUCUGCCGGCGGGCCGGAGGAAGGCGGCCAACGUGACGCUCUUGACAUCCUUGGUAGAAGGAGAGGCUAUCCAUCUCGCCAGAGACUUCGGAUUCGUCUGCGAAACGGAGUUUCCGGCCAAGCAGGUCGCCGAGUACCUGACCCGGCAGCACUGCGAACCGCAGGAUUCCUACAGGAGGAAAGAACUUCUUCAUGCUACCAAACAAAUCACCAAAGAGCUGAUGGAUCUUCUGAACCAGGACAGGUCACCACUGUGCAAUACGCGGCCGCAAUACAUCUUAGACCCAAAUAUCCAGAAACAUCUGACGCACUUCUCCCUGAUCUCGCACGGGUUCGGGAGUCCUGCCCUCGUCGGCGCCCUAACGGCAGUACAGAAGUUCCUAAGCGAGUCGCUGAACCACCUGGAGAAGAUGUACCCGGGCAACGGCAGCGGCGUGACCAGCAGUCAGCAAUCCAACCUGGACGCGAACAAGAACAAGGACGGUUCCUUGAUGAGCGACAUGAAGAAGUGACGUCCGGAAGACCGGCCCACCUCCAACGUGGUCACUUCGAUCAGACACUCCUGGCCCUGCGGCAACUGAGCUUCCGACGUCCCGAGGAAGCUGACCGUUUCUGGAAAGGGAUACGCAUACGCGCCCAGGAGUGC